AUGUUAUACUUGGGGAAACAAUUAGGACAAUCUCCUCAGAAUUUACUGCCAUCUUAUUUUGCCUUUAGGAAAAGCAAUGUAGCAAUAAAGUAUAUUGGUCUAAUAAAGGUAUGCAUGCAUUUAAGUACACCUUUUCCAAAUAAUUUUAUCUCGAAAACCUAUUUUUGUAUGGGUUGUUUAAAGAAAACAUUCAAGUGUAAAUUUUUGCGGGGACAAGGAGGCACUGUUAAUUCACUUGAUAUGGCUCCCUACAACAACCGCGCUUUAUGUAUUAAUCAUCAUUCGGAGGAAAAUUAG